AUGGAAACUCCAAAGUUCCGGUUCACGCCCUCACAGGAGUUGGUCCUCAAGGCCACACCUCAGGCAGUGAAGGUGGCCGCUGACGGCCCCCCUGCUUCGGGUGCUCAGGGCCAUCCUGUGAGGGCUAAGAAGUGGGAGGAAGUGGAGGCAGAGGCUCGAGCCCGCGUCGUCUCCGAGGGAGGUGACCCCGGUGCAGAGAUGGUCGUCCUGAGCCGGUGCACGGUUCAGUUCGGCAAGUACCGGGGUCAGACCUUCAAGUGGAUGAUGGAGAACGACGUGGGCUACAUGGUGCACGUGGUAACAGUGCAUCAGAAGGAGAGGGCGCGAGAGCGCAGUGUUUCCCAGCAUCCCCUGAUGGCCAACAAGGACGCCUUGACUCGCUACUCGUGCGCCUAUCCGGCCUUCGAUGAGAUGGUCAGGUUCAACCGGGCGCACGAGGAAGCUAAAGUCCUGUCCUCCCAGCCAGGCCAGGAGGGCAAGGCCCUUGUUGGCAUCGGGAAGUACAAGUGGGACACGCUGCAGGACCUGUAUGAGGCUACGGGUGCGGACAGGAUAAAAUAUGUCAGGAGCAUGAGGACGCAGACACCCCGUUAUCCUGGGAGUGCGAUGGCCGCCUUGAUUAGCUACAUCCAACGCAGAGACCAGGAGGGGGUAGCUGCUGUGGCCAGGCCCGCCGCAGCCAGCACCAGCCCCACCAGCACCACCCGGCCCAAGAGCAUCUUGGUCCUGCGAUCUCUGCGUUCCUUUCAAGGCGCUCUCGCCCCUGGUGAACUGCAGGCGAAGAUGAAGAAACUUAUUGCUUCUCAGCCUGCAGUUCAAGGGGUGUCUUUCCCUCGACCAGCACUGCCAUCGACCGAUCUAUCGGACGCAGAGCUGGUCAAAGCAGCUGCUGACAUAGACACAUCCGUAGCCCCACAGGUCCCCCGAUCGCUCCCUCGGCCUCUGCCUCUAACUUCACAGGUCCCGGUCCAUGCCCCGGUCCAUGCCCAGAGCGAAGAGGAGGAUUUGCCCCGGCAGUCCUUCCUGCCUCCAAGGCCCUCCUCAAAAAGUGCUGAGCUGCUGCUCCCAGAGAGUUGGCGUUCAUCUCUCACCAAGGAGCAGCAGCGGUGGAUCGGCCACACGCUGUUCACCAGGAACAGUUUUGGGAGGUCGACACUCGCCACCGACCUGGUCACGUGGUGGACGCCUCCCCAACCGCGGCCGAUCUACAAUCAGCCACCCGCAUCCCCUGACCCCUUCUUCGCAUGUCAGCUGUUCCUUUGGAUGCCCGUACGUAUAUGGGCAUACAAGCUGGCAUGUCCCCAGUCUGGGUGCAGAGGCACACUCUGCAAGGCUGGGCUCUACAAGACCAUCCGGAGGGUCUUGGACAUCGACCGCUGGUAUCUCAUGGCCACUGAGUACCUGGAAUGCGGUCGGUGUAAGAAGAAGGUCGCGGGGUGGUCACGGGACCUUGUCAGUCAGCUGGACGCUCGGCAUCGCUGCCAGUUUCCAGCAAUAUUGACAUACAAGCUGUCCUGUGACCUGCGGGUUGUGAGGAUGCUGAGGUCGCGCACUUUGGGGAACAGUGCGUCACAGACCUACAGCAAGCUGUGUGAAAGUCACAGCGAGUCGUGGAUGCGGAGUUGUAUACGGUACCUCGGGGAGUGCGAGCAGUUUCUGGCCUUGAGCACUGGGCGGCAGUUCACUUAUCCACCGGAGAUGCCCCCGGUGCCCUCACCCGUCUGGCUGCUGACAGUCUACAGCCAUGACGUGCUGUCGCGGCUGGACGAGGUGAAGGCCAGGGUCACCUCCAUCUUUGGGUCCAUCUUAAAGAUGGACUCUACAAAGAAGGUGACUAAAAAGCUUGCGGGUACCGCUGCAGACACGGCCGCCUGGGUUACCAACGUUGGUAACGAGCAUGGGCAGGUCCUCGUCAGUGUCCUCACUGCUGGUGAGGGCGAGGGCCUGCUCCCCAUGGCGGCUGGUCUCAUGGAGCGGUACCGGCUCGCCGGGGUGGCGCCCCCCCAGCUCAUGUACGUGGACCGAGACUGCUGCUCCAGCUUCGGCGGAUCAAAGACAGCUGCCAUGUUCAAUGAGUGGGACCGGCUGGUGGUUCGGCUGGACAUCUGGCACCUGAUGCGGCGGUUCGCGUCAGGUGUCACCACUGAGAGCCACCAGCUCUACGGUCCCUUCAUGCGGCAGCUGUCAGUCUGCAUCUUUGAGUGGGAUGCAGGCGAUGUCCGCAGACUGCUGGAGGCCAAGAGGUCUGAGCUGGAGGGGAAGCACGGGAUGGUCGGCCUCACCGAGGCGGAGGUUUCGAGGAAGAUCGGCCCCUCCCAAGUCUUUGUUCCUCUGCCCCGACCACUUCCCACCCUUCCCCCAUUUUCUGCAACAUGGCCUGGCAAAAGAUACUUAUAA